CUAUGUUGCGCCAGGCAAAUGAACAUUGGAAAAUGGUAAGAUCAUCGAAACUGUGUUGGAUUGUGAUUCUGAGUCGAAUUUGAAGUCUUGAGUCCUUAUGCUCUGUAGUGUUAUUUGUGAUGGUUGAUGAAAAAAAAACUAGUUCGGCAGGUCGAGGUCCGCAAAACUACGAGCAUCCACCCAUUCCAGGUUCCUUCCAGGUUUGGAGUUGCUUGCGGCGAUCGCAUUCGAGUCAGAAUCGGUUCUCUGGUUCGACUCGACAAAUGGUGCUGUCACGUGACCCACCAUCACCUUUAGGCUGGAUUGCAAUCAUUAUCAAUCAAGGAUUAUUUGAGAGUAAUCCGUUUACCAACACCACAUUUGCAGUUCCAUUUCAUCCGGCAUCUCCCUCUCUCUCUCUCUCUCUCUCUCUCUCUCUCUCUCUCUCUCUCUCUCUCUCUCUCUCUCUUUCUCUGUCUCUCUCUCUCUCUCUCUCUCUCUUUUCUCGUUUGCUCGGUGAACGAUCGGGUUAUCAGUACUUGUGGUGUUAACGCACGCAAACGGGGACACUGCAGUGGUGUUUGUUUUGCCACAAGCGCGAACGAUCCCUCGAUAGCCACGAAUUUGCAUCAAUCGUACCGGUUGGGGGGGGGGGGGGGGGGGAUUGUAAGAGGGGUUUUGUGGUUGGCGCUGGGGAAAACCCAAAAAGCUGCAGAUAACCCCAAAAUGCGGACCCAACGGAGUGCUUAGUUUUUGAGCCUUUGAAUUCAACCCCCUCUCCACCACAACCACCAACGCAGCUCCUGUAACACCCGCUUACCCCUUACCUCUUGGUUCGGAGAUUUUGACGAUCUGAGUCGGUUGCACACACGACCACGGCGUCCCUUCUAUUCCUUGCCGGAUCAGAUCGAUCGUGUGCGUACAUGUGUGUGUGUGUGUGUGUACGUGUGUGUGUGUGCGUGUGUGUGUUUGGUUGGUCGUGCCAGCGUGUGUGUUCAGGGCCGAUUCCGUUCAGUUCCGUGCGGUGUUCGGUAGCGCUCUGGUGUGUGCCCGUUGCUCGCUUGCUCGCUUGUCGCGCGUGUUGUGUACGCCCGCGCGCGCGCCUGCUCACGUCAGGUUAGGCCGAACCAACAAACAAAAACAAAAACAAAAACCAAAAAAAAGGAAGGGGGAAACAAAAAAAAAAACGAUCUCCCGCACAACAAAGGCAGUAAAGGUGCAAGGCGAAUGAUGAACCGGCCACGGAUAGCAGCGAUCAUGCUGCCGCUGUUCUGCCUGUCAGUGGCAGUGGCGCAAAAGGGGAGCUCCUCCACCGAUACCGUCUUCAUGGACAGCGUGCUGUACGAGGGCGAUAAGUGCGGGCUGCCCGGCAUGCGGACCGGCACCUGCCAGAAGGCGGCCGACUGUCCCCAGGGCAUCCGGGCGAACGGUGCCCGGUGCGAGUUCAGCGGCAACGAUCCGGUCGUCUGCUGUCCGACGGAGGCACCUGGCACCGGCGACGGCACGAGCAAUCGUUUCACGGCCCGCAUCGCCAAACAGGAGUGCGAGCGGUUCACCAGCGCGUCGGCCAACAUCAUCGACCAUAUAUCUGGCCGCGCGAUCGAGGCGCUCCGCGGCGAGUUCCCGUUCGUGGCGCUCGUCAACUUUCGUGGAGAGGAGGGGGAGGAGGUGAAGUUGACCCGGUGCGGGGCGUCCUUGAUCGCGCCCCGGUUUCUGCUUACGGCGGCCCACUGCCUGAAGGACCUGAACCCGGUCACGGUCGAGAUCGGGUUCAUCCAACUGAGCGAUACGGAAAAGGACGAGUACGAGAUCAAGCAGGUGCACCUGCACGAAGGCCACAAGUCCCGGCGCAACGAUAUCGCGCUGAUCGAGCUGAAGAAUAACGUCACCUACAAGCAGGACGUUGGGCCGAUCUGUCUCAACACGGACCGGCCCGAGAUUGGACCGUCGAUCAACCUGACUGUCAUGGGUUGGGGCGCCGACGGCGACGGCCAGCGCGCGGACAAGCUGAUGAAGGGCACGGUGUACGAGAUACCGCUCGACGAGUGUGUGCAGCGAUUCCGGGAUGCCAAGCAGCGGAUCAGCCUCGGCGAGGACCAGCUGUGCGCGCUCGGCGAGAAGGUGAAUGACGAGACGACGGACGCGUGCCAGGGCGACUCGGGCGGACCGCUCGUGAUGACCGUCCGGCACAAGUUCUACCUGGUCGGCGUGGUGUCGACCGGGGCCGUCUGUGGCGGUUCCCUGCCGGGCAUCUACACGCGCGUCUCCCGCUACCUGGAAUGGAUCGAGCAGCGCGUCUGGGGCAGCCCGAACUGACUUGACGGAGCCGUCACCAGCGUCCACAUGUAAAUAGCGUUAGCCGUAAGAUCGAACAACUCUAGCGCACGGUUGAGAGUCUGCAUCGUGGAGAAUCGAACAAACAGUCACACACACACACAACAAACGCACACAAAUUUAAGAAGAUGUAAAACAAACGUGAUAUCGGUCUCGCCAGCUGCAGGGUAGCAGGAUUUGCGCAACGCUCCGUCUACCAGGCACUCCUCCCCUUAAGCCAGAGAGGAAAAGACUCGCCAGAGGAGUUCUUGCACCAUUCGGUAGUGCUGUUGCAGUACGAUAUAAUAAACAAGAAUUAUAUUAUAGCUUCGGCUAUACAGUUAGCUCGCAAAACAAAA